AUGGACGUCUGGUGUAAGGAAAUCGAUGUAGAGAGGUUUAACCCCAAGUUCGCAUGCAAGGAGAUGCGGUCGAGGCUGACGGACGGCCACCCGGAGGACCCCCUCAUCAUCUACGUCGGCAGGCUGGGGGCGGAGAAGCGCUUGAGGGACAUUAAAGGAGUUCUCGAGAGGAAUCCCAAGGCCAGGCUGGCGUUAGUCGGCAAGGGGCCGGACUCCGACGCCCUCAAGGAGCACUUCUCGGGCACCAAGACAGUGCUCACGGGGGUCAUGAGCGGGGAGGCUCUGAGCCAGGCCUUCGCCUCUGCUGACGUGUUCGUAAUGCCUUCGGACAGCGAAACCCUGGGCUUCGUGGUGCUGGAGUCGAUGGCCAGCGGGGUCCCUGUGGUUGGGGCGAACGCGGGGGGUAUCCCCGACCUCAUUGAGGACGGGAAGACCGGCUACUUGGUGCCCGCGGGCGACGUGGAAGCCAUGUCAGAUCGCGUCAAGGCUCUGCUAGAGGACAAGGCUCUUCGUGGGAAGAUGAGCAAGGCCGGGAGGGAAGAGACGGAGAGGUGGUCUUGGGAGGCGGCAACUUCGGUGUUGAGAAACGUGCAGUACCAAAAGGCCAUCGUCAACUUCAAGUCGCGCGCUCUCGGCGGUCUGGGCAAGCCCCGAUCGAGGACGAAGCUCCGCAUGGCGGGAUACCGCUUCCGACGAUCCGUCUCGGCUGCCAAGGGCGCGGUUCUUUUCCCUUUCCGCGCGUUGAAAGCUCUUUUGGCGACGCGGAGCGAGGACGCGGUGGUUGCGACAGCAGCAAACGAGGCGUAAUCAGGCCGGGCAAGCCCCUUACCGACACCGACGCUGCUGCUGCUGCUGCUGGGGCUGUUUGUGACGGUGGCUGUAAUUGUGGGAAGGCUUGUCUGUUUGGAGUCGUGGCCAGGCUUCAGCAGCUGCAUCUGCUGCUUCUGUUGUUUGUAGCGGUGUUUGCGAUUGUGGGGAGAUUGUUGGUGUCAGCUCGGGAUCGGGGUUCGGCGGCUGCCGCUGCUAUUGCUGCUGCUGUCCAUCUCGAAAGAUGCAUCCUUUCUCGGAGCUUGGCCGCAAAGACAUCCGCGAAGCAAAGGGCAAGAGAGAAUCAUCCCUUUUGUGGCUUGCUCUUGGUCUUGUCUAUCGUCAUGGGGUGGGAUGUAGCGGCGAGCGUAAAUACUCCUCCCACCCCUUGGGUCAGCAGAGAGUCAUGUAUUUGAUUGUUGUGUGCUGCUGUAGGGCCCAAGAGUUUGAGAGGAGGGAUAGAAUCGUGGCAAGGAAAGCCGUGGGUAGGCACGACGGCGGCGUCCUGCCCUGAACGCGCCACCGAUUGUUGGUGUUGGUUGUGUUGCGGAUUUGGACUCCUGCCGCAGACAGCAGUCCGAGGGCUAUAGCCUCCGGAGAAGGGGCGCGAGGCGGCGAAGCGGAGAGGAUGAUGGCAUGGUUUUUUUUUUGUCGUUUUUUUUUUUAUUGUGCUUUUCGCUCCGAGGGUGUGUGUUGCCUCUCUUUUCGACGAGAUACAGCGGUACGGGUUAGAAGCAAGGAGAGGUUGGUGCCCACCGCAAAGGUGGAGAAACACACGUUGUAGAUUUGUUUUUUCGAAGGCAAGCAACGGCAGGAAAACCAACUUUUUCUCUGCCGGGUUGCGCCUCUGACACGUUGACGGUGACACCGACUUGUUCAGGGUGUUUACUCCUUCACCCACUGCUGCUGCUGCUGCUUUGAGCGAGGUUUCGCGGCUGGUGUGGUAAGAUAGCUCAAUACGUAGCCCGGUUGUUCCAGUGGCGCGGCAGAUAGCGGUUGAGGGGGGGGGG